AUGACGAGACACGUUUGGAGAGAAGCAGAUGCCGGCGUGAUGUUAUGGGAACCGGCAGUGGCAGCCACGACACCUCUAGCACCACAAGCGACGCAUAUCUCGAAGCAGUCGCAGGUUGUAACCGAAGCUGAUAUCCAAGCGUCCUUGUCGAGCAGUCGCGAUGACAACGUUGGCAAUGAGGCUGACUCGGUGCUUCCUUCGAUCGAGGAUGUUCUUGAGCCAUACAUCAAGAGCGAGCCUGGCGAAGGCACGAACGUAGUUGGGUCGUCAACAGUCGGUACUUCUGCUUUGGACACAUCCAAGCAGCGUUGCGCUUCGUACGAUUCUGAGACUACACUUCCACUGUCCACUCCUUGUCCGUCGGACGAAGACAGGGUUUUUGCUACUAUACUUCGAAGUCCAACAAGAACGAGCCAUCACUUUGGCGCCGACAAUACCGCACCCACACCACAACUACGACGGACCUUGGACUUCGGCAUGCCAGCCCUUCGCCACACAAAUGAUAUCGUGCCACAAGCCUCCAAGCCGAGUGAAUUUACUUCGCUAGCAACACUGCGCAGGCUCGAGCGAGAUCCGCCUCACCAGUGGCAUGAGGAUGAACGCGAGCUUCUUACAAUCCUCUACAGAUGGUAUGAAGACACAAAUGUGGCCACCAUCCCGCAGGUCUUCAAUGCCAUCACCGGCCUCAACCUCAGGCUCAAUGUCAUACGUUACCAGUUCGAGAGCCAUCUCAUUCUGUAUGGCGGUCGUGCGUACCCCGAGUUCGAUCGAGCAAUGAAAGUCCCAUUCCACGAUCCCGAACACAAGUACGACGAGAUCCACGCGAUCAUCAAAGAUACCGCCUCCGAGUCUGGCAUUGACUUGUUACAACGCACACAUGAGGUGAGCUACACACCUGGAUUGGCUAGAACUGCAAAGUCCCCUCAAACACGGAAAUACUACAAAUCCCUAGUUAGACGUGCGCUAAAGAGGGAGAAGGAGAAAGCACGCGCGCUUCGCACGCUGGCUCCGGAAGAUUUACCACUGCAGGCUCUACAGCUCGGCGGGAUGACAUUAGCUGAGCAAGACAAUGAGGAAAUAUGGUCAGACGUUGAUGGCUAUCAUACACCGCCCAUUACACCUACGCAGCCAACCCCACGGGCUCCCCCCGGCAGAAAUAUUAUCGCAUUUCGCGUUUGGGACGCAAAUUCCCGGACAAUUUUCGACGACGAGACCGGCUUCGUGAGUCAAGCCUUCUCGAUAUGGAGGGGCGGGUUCCCGCCGCCUUUCUCUCCAGAUGGACAGGGACAGCAGGCUCUCAUGCUCUUGACGAACCUCCAUCUGUCUAUGAGUGGCGGCGCAUCGGCUUUCGUAUCAGUGUCGACGAGUCUCUUACAGGCUCUUGUCAAAGCUUCUACGAUGUUUGAGCCCAGGAUCGCCGUCAAACCGCACAAGACACUGCCAGCAGCUGAUGUGAUGCGGAUGUUGAAAGCGGAAGGCCAGGCAUGGUGGGCAAGAUACAAGGGCCACGCAGAACGAAUGAUCUGGGCUUCUAUUCCAGUUGCAGCUGUCCUCUCUCAUUUCCCGCUUUCCAACCUUACUAAUUUGUCGCGCAACAAUCAAGCUUGCGACGACGUCCUCAACCUGCGAGAAAUACAAUCCGGUCGAAAGACACAAUACGUCUCCUCGCUUUUGCGCGACAGAAAUACCGUCAUAGAUAUCCGCACGGCACGAGCCAUGGCGGUGGUUUGCCGCGCUUUCAAGAUGCACCGUGUUGGCGUCAGUCUUGCGCACAUCCGAGGACUCGUCUCGUCAUUAGUGGAUUCAUUUCAGUUGAAGCAGGUGACAAGCGAUACACCUCGCAUGACCAUGAUGAUGGCCAAAGCGUUUGCCGUGUCUCUCGUUUCGCAGGCUCAUCUUGCUCAUGAUGUUGAGGCGGCUUUCAAGGAAGGCAUCCAGCAAGGCACUGUUAGUAAUAUCCGUGCUACUAUCGAGUUUUACACGCGCCGUCGACCGGCUGUACCUAGACGAAAGACCAGCUGAGAACAUCUCAGUAAUUUCUUCGCGCCAUCAAUACUACCAGCAAACAACUUGUCUUCGAUACUACAGCUCUUUGAUGAUUACAAUAAUAUGGGAGAUCUCCGCGAGUAUCUCUCAACAUGAUCUGUCAAGAACAUUUGGCGAAGCGCUAAUGUCAUAUGACAUACGAGCUUUGUUAAAGAUGUCAUAGAUUGUAUUUGGAUAUAGUGGAGUGUGGAAUAUUCGGGAACAUGCUACGGAAUACAGAAACAUACGACCUAAUCAAUGUCUUCUGGAACGUUGAGCGAGCAAUAAGACUAGAAGCCUCUCAGACGCUUACUCGCUAUUAAGCCUCCUUUCCC